AUGGCGUACAACGGUGAUUUAGGCCAAUCCUCAGAACUGACUUUCACCAUGGAACCAAGUGACGUUGUGGCGGUUGAGGCUCACCCUCUCAAGCUGCAUUGCCAAGUGGAAGGAAUGGAGCCCAUUAGCAAGUCAUGGAGGAAGAAUGGAGUCCUGCUGACUGACAGCGAGCACAUCUCGUUGCUUCCCAAUGGUUCGCUCUACAUCACAAAGUUCCAGAAGCUGCGGGAAGAUGGUUCCUCUGACGAGGGGGAAUAUGACUGCACUGCCCAGAACCGUUUGGGACUAGUGGUCAGCCGGAAGGCAAGAGUGCAAGUUGCAACUCUGUCUCCAUUCCAUGUGCAGCCUCAGUCGAUGGUUGUGGAGGAAGGCGGCGUUGCCAGGUUUCAGUGCCAAAUUCAUGGUUUACCAGAACCACUGAUCAUGUGGCUGAAGAAUCGCAGGCCUCUUGAACCAAGUGAUGACAGGUUUACCUUUCUACCCACGGGGGUCCUCCAGAUUACACGAGUGGGAGAAGAAGACAGUGGAAUCUACCACUGUGUGGCUGCCAAUACUGCCAACACAAGGCAUAGCGAAGAAGCCAGCCUUACUGUGUCAGGAUCCCACUCCAAUGUUUAUAAGGAGCCAGCAAUCCUGGUUGGUCCUGAGAACCUCACACUAACUGUGCACCAAACAGCUGUUCUGGAAUGCGUGGCAACAGGAAACCCUCGACCAAUUGUCUCCUGGAGCCGUCUAGACGGCAGGCCGAUCGGUGUGGAGGGAAUCCAGGUGCUUGGCACGGGGAACCUGAUGAUCUCUGACCUGUCUGUGCAGCAUUCUGGGGUGUAUGUGUGUGCGGCCAACAAACCAGGGACACGGGUGAGGCGUACGGCCCAGGGGAGGCUGGUGGUCCAAGCACCUGCAGAGUUCGUGCAGUAUCCACAGUCCAUAUCGAGACCUAUAGGAACCACAGCCAUUUUCAAUUGUCUGGCACAAGGGGAGCCAGUACCUCAACUUACCUGGCUGAAAAAUGGGGAAAUCUUGGCACCCAGUGGCCACAUCAAACUGAAGAACAACAACAACACCCUGACAAUAAAUGGAAUCUCUCCGGAGGAUGAAGCAAUCUACCAGUGCAUUGCUGAAAAUGAUGCUGGUUCGACGCAGGCAAGCGCACGGUUAACGGUCCUCUGGGCAGAGGGGCUUCCUGGACCCCCUCGGGAAGUGAAAACCACAGCGCUCUCAGCAACAGCCAUUCAAGUAUCCUGGAGCGAGCCCUUGGAGAAUACGAGAGACAUUAUUGGCUAUGUCCUACACAUCAGGAAAACUGCAGAUCCAGUGGAGAUGGAGUACCAGGAGGCUGUGAGCAAAACUACCCUACAGCAGGUGGUGACUGAUCUUGAGUCAUCCACCAGUUACACUUUCUACAUAAAGGCUUAUACCUCGCGAGGAGCCAGCAAGCCCUCUGAGCCAGCCGUCAGGAGCACACUGGGCGAAGUUCCAGCUGUACCAGCUCUUUUCAUCAAGGUCCUGAACAGUACCGCCAUCCAGGCAGCGUGGGAAUCCAGCAUUAAGCUCGGUCAGUAUGAAGGAUUCAAGUUGUAUUAUCGUCGGAUUCAUGGGGCGCACUUCACUGGGCCUGUGCUCCUUCCUCGCAAUGUGACGUCAUACAACAUUACUCAGCUGGACCCAAAGAUUGCCUAUGAAGUGAAGCUUCUAGCUUUCAAUCGCCAUGGAGAUGGGAAUUCCACGGUUCGCUUUGUGGCUCUGCAAGAUGCUGCUGAAAGAUCUGUUUUGAACACUCCGUGUGACUGCCUGAAAGAGGAGCACAAUAGCAAAACAUCUACAACUGGCAUUAUCAUUGGAACCCACAUCGGUGUCACCUGCAUCAUCUUCUGUGUUCUGUUCCUUGUUUUUGGAUACCGUGGAAGGUUGCUGAUGUGUAAAAAUGAUGAAGAUGGUCUAGCGACCCCUCAGGCUCCAUCCAGGGCCCAGAGAAAUUCACAAGGACUUGUCCUGAAUGGUGGAGUGGGUAGAGGCAGGGAAGAGUUCACAGCCAACAGGAAGAUGGCUGAUAUCAACGAGCUGGAAAGACUGUUUCCUGCAUCACUUCCUAAUGACCACCAGCACAAGGGAAUUACGUCAAAUAAUAUCUCGCCCAUCUCCGAAGAACAGCCCAGUCUGAUCUGCCAGAAUUCUGUAUUCCCACUGGACGAGUUUGUUGUGACUCAGGAACAGCACGCUACCUUUGAAACUGUUGUGCAGUGCUCUUUAGACUGCUCUGAAUUAAAUGUUAAACAGCUCAGCUUUUCAGUAACAAAGGACAAUAGUUCAGUAACCGCAGAGUGA